GGACAGAGGGGUCUGCAGGGAGGAUAGAGGGGUCUUUCCAAUGAAGACACAUGCCUCCUGCAUCUUAAAGGGGUGCAGCAGAACAGCUACUUGUCUCCUAUUCACAGGAUACGUCUCUGACCCCCGGGGCGUCACAUUGUUCUUAUGGGACAAACCCUUGAAGCCGCAGGAACCAGAAGCAAAAGCAGAACUAGAAGAGAAGACAGAAGCUCCAGGCAAUGAGCAUCGUGCUGCUCCGCACCAUGGGACAGCGCUGGUUUCUGGAGCUUUCUGUGACUUGGAUUUUUGGGGUAUCCUUGUGUUUGGGGAUCUUUCCCAACUUUGCUCCAUGUGAUGACCGCAAAAAUGGAACGGUUGUGGGUUGCCGAGGUCGCCACCUGCCCUACUUGCCCUGGGUCUCAUCAGGACGAGUCACUGGAUUUGAUCUGUCCGUUAAUGACAUAAGGCGUCUUACAAACAGCUCCUUCUCCGGAGUCCCGAACCUACGGAAGCUGAACAUGAGCUCCAACUGCCUGCCCCUGACCCUGCGGCCGGACAUGGGGCCGUGUCAGCUGACCAUCGACCCCGACGCCCUAGUGCACCUGAAGCACCUGUGUGUCCUGGACCUCAGUGGGAACAGCCUGAGCGUCCUGCCCCCGCUCCCCGGAAACAUCACUGAACUGAAUAUCAACCUCAACCACAUCCUCACGUUGUCGGGGCAGGAUCUGGCCGGAGUCACAAAGCUAAUAAAUCUGUACUUUGGUUGGAACUGUUAUUACAGAAAUCCCUGUGAGACAGAGGUGAAGAUCCAAGAUGACGUCCUCAGAGACAUGACCACCCUGAAGACACUGGUGCUCUCCUGCAACAACAUGACUGCCUUCCCCAGGAACCUUCCAUCUUCUCUCACCGUCUUGGACUUGUCUCAGAACAAGAUCUCGCGGAUUGUCCGGGACGACUUCUGCCAGUUCAGCCGGCUGAUGGUGCUGGACAUUCAGUGGAACUGUCAGCGUUGCGACCACACUGUGCAGCCGUGCUUCCCCUGCCAUAAUAACAGUGCCCUGCAGCUGGGGCCGGGGGUGUUCGACUGCCUGGGGAACCUCUCCAGCCUCAACCUCAAAGGGAACUCAAUUCUCACCAUCAACAACUCCAUCUUCGAAGGGAUGAUGAAUCUGCGCAGCCUCGUUCUGGCCGACAACAUCUUAGACUUAGAGAAGGAAACGUUUUUUUCCAGGUUAGUGAACGUAAACUCCUUGGAUCUGAGCUACAACUUUCACCCACAACUACUUCGCCCGAGGCUGGUGCUGAACCCCAGCGUCUCUGCCAUGCGAUCCCUCCACAGGAUAUCUCUGAUGGGAUAUUUCUUCAAUGUUCUGGAUUAUGAGGGCAUCAAGCCGCUGCUCACGUUGCCAAAUCUUCGAGAAGUGAGCCUCAGGACGAACUUCAUCCAGGAGGCCAACCUGAGCAUGUUCCUAAGUCAUAAAGAGCUGCGCGCAUUGUCACUGGCAGAAAACUUGAUCUCAUUCCAAAUAAUCAGUGAACGACAAGAGGGACGGAAGCCAUUCACUGCAGCUCUCUUUAACCGCCAUGUAAAUCCGGAUGCAUCAUGGGAAGAACCAGGGAAUGAUGGAGAACAGGAACGCAGCAGUGGUCCUGAAUACUCCCAGUGCUAUGAGUACAACCAUUCAGUCGACUUGUCCUUCAACAACUUAAUGAGUCUGCAGGCCGAUCACUUUUUGGGCAUGGACGAUAUUGAAUGUCUCAACAUGAGCUACAACUUCAUCAACCAACGUCUGGAUGGGACUCAGUUCGGGCACCUGGCAUCUUUGCGGCACUUGGAUCUCUCAUACAACAGAUUUGAUUUGUACUAUUACUUGGCUUUCAGUGAACUUCCGAAUCUUAAAGUAUUAAACCUGGCCAACAACAACUACCAGUUCAUGAUAAACGGCGUCAACCACAGACUUGUCUUCAUGGAGAACCUGACUUCUCUGAUAGAACUAAAUCUAAACAACAAUUUGAUCGGCUUGCGCACGACCAAGGAGCUGAAGAACCCGUCCCUGGAGAAGCUUCACUUCCAGAAGAACCUGCUGCAUAGCAUGUGGCUAAGCGGUAAAGACGCUUAUAUCACCAUCUUCACAAACCUCACACGGUUGAAGUACCUGGAUAUCAGUUAUAACAGUCUGGAGGUCAUCCCGGGGAAGGCCUUGGAGAACCUGCCCAUGUCUCUGGAGUAUCUAAUCCUUUCCUAUAACCAGCUCUACUCAUUUCACUGGGAGAACAUUGCCCACCUCAGCAAUCUGACGCACCUGGACCUUGGCUUCAACUCCUUGACCUUGUUGAGCAGUAACUUCACCGGUAGUAGGAGCCAACUCACCUUCCUAAAUCUGAAGAACAACAAGAUAAGCUCCCUCAACAAGGCGUUCUUCAUCACCUACUCCAAGCUCCGGCACCUAUUCCUGGAUAAUAACCAGAUACAGACCAUCGACAGGGACAGCUUUCCCCAGGCACUUCUGUUGACGCUCAACCACCUGGACAUCAGCAACAACCCGUUCGAUUGCACCUGUCACACCAGCUGGUUCAUCAAAUUCCUCAUGGAGACAAAUAUUACUGUAGAACACCUGUCUACAAAAAUGAAGUGUGACACCCCGGACACUAUGAAGAAGAGGUCACUCCUCUAUAUGGACCCUCAGUCAUGUCAAGACCUCUAUGGCCAUAAGUGCUUUGUCUACUCCACUGUCCUGUUGAUAGUCCUGAUGUCCCUCACAACAGUUUGGAAGCUCUUUUCAUGGGAUUUGUGGUACCUCAGCCAAGUCAUAAUGGCCUCUAUGCAACGCUACUCCAAGCUACAUGGAGACGCUAAUGAGGAGUAUGACGCUUUUGUGGCGUUUAACACGGAGGACCAUGCAGUGACGGACUGGGUCUACCAUGAGCUCCUGGAACAUCUGGAGGGACCUGAAACGAACAUGUUUAACUUGUGCCUGGAGCAACGGGAUUGGACCCCUGGAAAGUCGAGCAUCGAGAACCUGUAUGAAGCAAUAUACAAGAGCAAGAAGACGGUAUUGAUCCUGACUCGUGAGGGCUUCAGCAGCGGCCUCCUGCGCCAUGCUUUCCUUAUGUGCCAUCAAAGGUUACUGGAUGAGAAGAAGGACGUCCUGGUCUUAGUGAUUCUCAACAACAAGAUGAAAAUGUCCAAGUACCUAAUGACCAGGAGGAGGAUCUGCCCUCAGACCUUCCUGAACUGGCCAAGAAACCCCCGAGCACACAGCCAUUUCUGGUACAGUUUACGCAUGAUGCUGCGGUGGGACAGUCGUCGCUGCUACAACCCUCACCUCCGGAAACAGCUAAUCCAAUAGUCCAGGCGUGGCCAACCUGCGGCUCUCCAGCUGUUGUAAAACUACAACUCCCACAAUGCCCUGCUGAUAGCUGUUGGCAGUCUGGGCAUGAUGGGAGUUGUAGUUUUGCAACAGCUGGAGAGCCUCAGGUUGGCCAUCCAUGCAAUAGUCUGUCUGCUUUGUGAUGUGCGGUGUGUGUCCCUAAUAGUGAGUAAUGCUACACAGCGGAGUGGCCCCGACCAUCAAGUCCUGCAGGGACAGGACAUUUGCACUUGUUCAUCUCCACAAAAAAUGGCUGGAGCCACGGAUUCUUCUGAAAUUCCAGGAAAUACUUAGGGUACAGCUACAAGGGUGGAUUUUUUGCAAUUGUCCUGUCACAGUAUAUCACAUGGACACCAUGGACAGACAUUAUAUGGAAAGUCACCGUGUAGCUGUACCCUCAUGUGAGAGGUGAAGAGGACUGCUCUUUCAGGAGCGCACCUAGAGGUCUGUAGGGCGUUCUCUAUAGUCCUCUGUAGAGUGGGUACCGACAAAGGUGGGCAUAGAAGCCGAGGAGCCAUUUAUUGUGGGAAGACCUGAGGGAGUAAUGAAGAGGCUGCAAGCGCUGUUCUUGGCUCUGUGUCCUUUCCCCGUCCCAGCAGCAUCUUAAGUGGAAGAAUUGGGAGAGAAUAAGAGAAGCAGAGGACAUCCCAGUCCCUGGGGUGGACUCCAUAGAGCACCUGCUGCAGUCAAUGGCCUCCAGUCCCUGCGGUGGACUCCAUAGAGCACCUGCUGCAGUCAAUGGCCUCCAUAGAGCACCUGCUGCAGUCCAUGGCCUCCAGUCCCUGCGGUGGACUCCAUAGAGCACCUGCUGCAGUCAAUGGCCUCCAGUCCCUGCGGUGGACUCCAUAGAGCACCUGCUGCAGUCAAUGGCCUCCAGUCCCUGCGGUGGACUCCAUAGAGCACCUGCUGCAGUCAAUGGCCUCCAGUCCCUGCGGUGGACUCCAUAGAGCACCUGCUGCAGUCAAUGGCCUCCAGUCCCUGCGGUGGACUCCAUAGAGCACCUGCUGCAGUCAAUGGCCUCCAGUCCCUGCGGUGGACUCCAUAGAGCACCUGCUGCAGUCAAUGGCCUCCAGUCCCUGCUGUGGACUCCAUAGAGCACCUGCUGCAGUCAAUGGCCUCCAGUCCCUGCGGUGGACUCCAUAGAGCACCUGCUGCAGUCAAUGGCCUCCAGUCCCUGCUGUGGACUCCAUAGAGCACCUGCUGCAGUCAAUGGCCUCCAGUCCCUGCGGUGGACUCCAUAGAGCACCUGCUGCAGUCAAUGGCCUCCAGUCCCUGCUGUAGCAGGAUCCAGGGAGAAUGAGGGGCCCGAUGCACCCAGACUGCUGCCAGCACCCUGCAGCGGCACAUGGAGAGCCGGCAGCAUCCAUACUGCCCCAGGAUGGGACAUUGGACAGAUCAGAGGGGCUCCUGUUAUACCGGAUCUACAGCUGGACUUGAUUUUCACUUGUUUAUGAACAUCUACUCAGUUUGUCUAAAUUUCAGUAAACAAUGGG